UUAGUAUACUUUGUAAGCAUAGUAGUUUCGACUAAGUUUCCACUCUCUUACAAAGAGCAUUAGAAGUAGGAAGCUGCAAUGUGAAUUUUGCAACGGUUUUGCAAUUUGAAUUGUGCCUCAGAUGAUAUGGGCUGAUGAGGUGAAUGCAGCUCUAGUGGAACUCGAGGAGCAUGAUCGAAUAGUUUCUUCUGAUAAGGCUAGUAGUGAAAAACUUUCUGACACUGAUAAGCCCUUAAGUAGGACCACUUCCACUGCGAUGGUUCGCGAUAAACAGAACAAUGAUAACGGCACUGAGGAAAAUGGAGUGCAAGAUAAUGUUAAUGACGGUGAGCAUGAUUCCGGGAGUGACGUAAUUGAUGUAGAAGAACAUGAUGAUGAAGAGUUGGAUGAGGAGAAUCAUGAUGAUGGGUGUGAGACUGAGGAUGACGACGAGGAUGAGGACGGACCUGCUUCUGAUGAUGAAGAUGAGGUCCACGUAAGACAGAAGGUGACAGAAGUCGACCCAUUGGAAGAAGCCAAUUUUGAUCAGGAGCUCAAGGCUGUCUUACAGGAGAGUAUGGAGCAGCGACGACUGGAGCUGCGGGGUCGUCCUACAUUGAAUAUGAUGAUUCCAAUGAAUGUAUUUGAAGGAUCUGCCAAGGAUCAUCAUGGGAGAGGAGUUGGUGGGGAAAGUGGCGAUGAAGCCUUAGAUGAUGAUACUGGCCUAAACAAAGAGGUUCAGGUGAAAGUUCUGGUUAAGCGUGGGAACAAACAACAAACAAAGCAGAUGUACAUCCCCAGUGAUUCCUCAUUGGUGCAGAGUACGAAACAAAAAGAAGCAGCUGAGCUUCAGGAAAAAGAAGACAUUAAGAGGCUUAUCUUGGAGUAUAAUGAUAGAGAGGAGGAAGAGUUUAAUGGAUUAGGGGCCCAACCAACAAACUGGAUGCAAAGUGGAGGUAACAAAGCUGGUGGUCGUGGAAACUCUUUUGAAGGAACCAGUGGUAGGGGUGGCGGAUCACGGCAUCGUCAUCAUAAUUACUAUUCUGGCGGUGGGAUCUACUAUAGCAGAAGAAGGUGAAUGAUAGUUGAGUGAAUAUGGAAGGCAGGUAUUUUAUGCAAUCUGCUUCCCCUCAGCACGACAAAUAUUUGAAAACAAAGUCCAUCAGAUAUUCAUGAUUAAUUAUGGCCCGACCUCUUCUUGUGCCACUAUCAUAUUAUACUCUUCAAGCAUUACUAGCAAUGUCCCCUUAUCUUUUUGGUAAGUGGUGGUUUUAAGUAUGGUGCAUAGAUAAUGCAUGGCUUGUGGGGUGUUGUGCACACUAUUUUGGACUCUUGACUAAGUUGAUGUGCAGGAUUGUAACUGGUGAAUUCCUGUAAUUAUAUCACGGCCUCCAAACCUCAUGUAUAGUUCUAUGUGGAGACAAAAUCACUAAAUGAAUGGUUUUGGGUUUUGACUGUUGUUACUUUGUCAAGUCAGCGAGGUUGGCUUGUAUCUUUGAAGGAAAAAUGAGUAGAGGCAAAAUUUGUAGCAGAAAACUAUCAAACAUCAGUUUAAGAAUCAACCUCUAUUGUCUUGGUCAUGGUUACUGAAUGUCUCCCAUGCAUGUUAUACAUAUCAUCACCAUUACAUUCUAGUUCAGAGUAAUUCUUUAUAGACUGAAGUAUGGAUCUAUUUGAUCCCAUUCUGUUGAGAGGGGUCUAAGUGUAGAUUGUACUGUAUUUAAAAAUUGGGAUUUCCUCUUGUAAAAACUUGAGAUAAUGGUCUAAAUUUCCCAAGAUUAAUUUACUUGAGCG